AUGUUGUCAACAUGUGGCCAGCUAGCUGCAGGCAGUGCAGCGGCAGCAGCGCUGCAGCCCGUCCCCUUCCCCCUUCUAUUCAAGCAAGAAACUCGUGCAGACCAUUCAGAGCUGAGCACAACCAAAUGCUACAUCUUUGUUGAUGGCAGUAUCAAGGCAGCCAAGAACCAGCAUAUAGUGGUCCCAGUUCUGCACCUGAGAGCGAAGAAACAUGGGAAAGAGGAGAUAGAGGCCCCGCCUGCAGCGGCUGUACCAGAGGAGAAGGUCGAGACGCCUGCUGAGGAGACUGCCUCAGCCAAGACGGAGGUGGCUGCGGAAGGGAAGGGAGAAGAAUCAAAAGCAGAGGCUGAUGGGAGCAGUGCCGAGGGGGCGGCCCUGGUAGAAGAGGCAGAGAAGGUUGCAGCGGAGGGGUCGAAAGCAGGAGGGUCUGAGAACGAAGAGAAGAAAGAGGAGGAGGGUCAAGAUGAACCAAACCUGUACCCAAUGGAGAUUCGCGGCCCUUCUGGUGAGAAGACGGAGCUCCAAGUGGCGGCCCAGGACACCAUCCUGGACCUGAAGCAGUUCCUGCUGGAGCUGCCUGAGGUCACUCACUACACCCACUAUGACCUCAUUGUCAACCUGAAAGACGGCCUGCGCUACCAGCUGGCGGACUUCCAGCCCCUGCAGGACGUGAUCUCCGAGAAGGGCAUCGAGGCUGGGGGGGCAUUCUUGGAGGUGGUGCAGCUCAUCUAUGAGGACCGCCAGAUGCAGUUCCACGUCAGCCGCUCCCGCGAGCUGCUCACCUUCCGGCGGCCGCACCGCUCGCUCUCGUCGGCGCUGCAGCGGGAGCACGAGAAGCGCGUCGAGGAGGAGGCCAAGGCGGGGGGUCCCAAGGAUGAUGAGGUUGAUGAUAAGCUGCCGGCGGAGCUGGUCGACGGGCUGGGCUUCGCAGCGGAGGAGAAGGGGACGCUGGAGAAGGUGGUGACAGAACCUGAGGAGGAGAGUGUGCCGGACGCGGUGAAGAGUAUCGCGUACUCGGCGUAUAACCCGCCGCCCAGCCAUAGGAGGAUCGUUGGUGACCUUGUGUACCUUGACGUGGUGACGGUCGAGGGCGAGUCACUCUGCAUAACCGGCCACUCCCAGGGCUUCUUUGUCAACAAGACCGAGCUCAAGUCAGGGCAGCCGUUCAAUCCCGAGAUGAAGAACCCGGAGCUGCAGCACCACACUCUAGUUGGCCUCCUGAGCCUGGUUUCCCCCAAGGCAAAGGAGAACUACGAAGCCAUCCACAAGCAGAAGCUCGAGACAGACCAGUUCGAGCUGUUCCCUCUAACCUUCCCGGUUAACCAGUGGGUUGGGGGCCGAAAGCCGAGGGAGGUUGCGGCUGACCCCGGGAGAGCGGAGGAGGCGAUGGUUGCAUGGUAUGCGACGAGUGGAGUGAACGAGGGGCGGGACUUUAACGAGGACCUGCAGGGCAGCAGGGAGAUCUCCAGGGAGACGCGGCAAGAAAGGAUCAACCGGGACAUCAACAUCCGGCGCGUGAAUGCGGACUUCGUCGACACUGCAAUCAAGGGAGUGAAACAAAUUGUGCGACAGAGCAUCGCGCCCAUUAACGGGCACAUGCCGGAGGCUUAUCACAUGUGGGUCCAGAACGGGAUCGUUUUCGGUUAUGCCUUGGACCACGAUUUUUUGGUCCUGCAACGGCUGCGGCAGAAGCAGGAGAUUGAAAAGAAAGACGCGGAGAAAGAGGGGCGCACGAUCACUAGGCCGCCGCCGUCUGAGAGGGGCGGCGGGGAUGGGCCCUCGUUAGAAGAAACGGAGGACAACUCGCCAGAGGCGGAGGCGAAGAGCCCGGGGCGUGGGUUGAGAGCUGGGGGCAUGUUGCAGGCGGAAAAAGACUGCACAUCAUAUGCGUCAGCGAACGCGAACCUGCGGGGGCAUAGGGCGGUUGAAAGUGCGGACGUUCCAGGCGUCCACACGCUGGCGUACUGUGUUGUUGACUACAAAGGCCAUCGCCUGGUCGCGCAGUCGGUCCUCCCGGGGCUGCUCUACUCGAGCAAGACCGCGGAGCUCAAGUACGGGUCCCCCGACCUGGGAGAAACCAUCAAGUGGGACAAAGACUUCCACGAAAAGAUCGCGGAGGUGGGUAAGAAGCUCCACAUUGCGGAGCACAGCGUGGUCGACGGGGCGGGCAAGGCGGUCGAGUUGGCGGCGGGACUGGAGGUGAAGGGCGUGCUGGGCGCGGAUGGGCGCAAGUACCUCACGGACCUGCACCGCGUCACGCCGCGCGACGUCAACUACAAGGGCGUGGAGAAGGCCAACGCGGUGCUCCGGCCGGAGCUGAUUAGCAUGUUCGCCGAGCUGGAGUCUGAAAAGGCUACGGAGUUGAAAGGGAAAGGCAAGGAAGGGGAGAAGGCCGAUGCGACCUCGGUUGCCCUCCAUCCAUCGGUCUUCUCGCCAUACAAGCUGGGGGGCGACAAGGAGGAGAUUGAAAAGGCGGAAGACCUGGUACGGCGUGCUGGGGAGUUCUUGGUCAAGACGCAGAUCCCGAAGUUAGUGGCGGGUAUCCACGCCCUUGAAGUGCUCCCGCUAGACGGCCAGACGCUGACUGCCUCCAUGCACGCUUUUGGCAUCAACAUACGCUACCUAGGAAAGGUCGCCGAGUUGUCAGAGCGCGACUACUUCCGGGACCUGUGCUUCCUCGAGAUGAUUUCGCGCGUCUGCAAGCGCGUCUUCCGGGCGAUCCUGCGCGAGACAGGCGAGUGGGACCUCGCCCCCGCCAUCGCGCACUACCUCAACUGCGUCGUUGGGAAGGCGCCCGGACCCGGGGAGAUCAACCCGGUCACCCCGGCCAAGGCGGAAGAUGCCCCUAAGAAGAACGAAGAACCCGAGGUGAAGGAGCCCGGUACGCCGCCCCGGGCAGAAUCGCCGGGGAAGAAGAAGAAGGGUAAGAAGGGACAAGGGAAGGACGAGGCGAAGAACGAGGGUAGCGAGAAGAAAGAGGUGGACGGGAAGAAGGCGGAGGCGGCUGAUGGGGACAAGGCGGGCGCGGAGAAGAGCGAGGAGAUCGACCCGGCGCUGCUGGACUUCCGGCCGGUGUACAUGAAAGUGACCGGGGAGUCCAUCUGGGGCGACGUGGAGGAGGGCGUGUGGCUCAAGUACAAGGCGCAGCUGCCUGAGGGCACGCGCGAGCGCGUGCGCAAGCUGUCGCUGCUGCGGAACCUCUGCCAAAAGAUGGGCAUCUCAAUCGCCGCGCGCGACUACGACUUCGACGUGUUGGACCCGCUCAAGCCGGAGGACAUUCUGGACCUGCACCCCAUGGUGAAACAUACCGACCCGACCUCCAGCGAGGCGCGCACGCUGCUCGAGGCCGGCAAGCUCCGCCUGCAGGAGCAGAGCGACCUGCAGGGCGCGUUCGAGCUGCUGAACGAGGCGGCGAACCUGUUCCAGAACGUGCACGGCGCGAUGAGCAAGGAGGUGGCGCAGUGCUGCAAGCUGCUGGCCGUGGUACUGUUCCACGCAGAGGACUUCGGGGGCGCCAUCGCGCAGGGCCACAAGGAGCUCAUCCUCAAUGAGCGCAUCCUGGGGCUGGACCACCCCGACACCAUCCACAGCUACGGCAACCUGGCGUCGUACUACCGCAACAGCAACGUGGGCACGGGCGAGGCCUCGCUGCGGCACCUGAAGCGCGCGCUGGAGCUGCUGGCGGUGGUCACGGGGCAGGACCACCCCGAGGUCGCGUCCACCAUGAUCAACAUCGCCAUGCACUACCACGAGCUCGGCCGCUAUGGCACCGCGCUGCGCUACCUCCAAGAGGCGCUGAAGCUGAGCCAGAAGCUGCUGGGCGACGAGCACGUGCAGACGGCGGUAUGCCUGCACACGCUGGCGCUGGUGUUUGACGCGAUGGGCAACUACAAGCUGGCCAUCCGGCACGAGACGAGCACGUACACCAUUUUGAAGAAGGUGCUCGGGGAGGACGAGCAGCGCGUGCUUGACAGCGCCACCUUCCUGCGCCAGUUCAAGCAGAAGGACGCCGAGGCCCAGCAGCGCAAGAACAACCCGCUGCUGUCCCCGUCGGUCGCCCAAGUCGCGCUGCGGCAGCAGCAGUUGCAGGCGGCCAUCCAGCGCGCAGGCGGCUACACCCAGUUCAUGAAGCAGUACGAGCGGCAGGCCGCCGAGGCGCAGCCGCGCGUGCGCCGCGGGGUCGACGAGCGCACCGUCAAGGCGCAGGAGGAGAUCCGGCGCAAGGCGCAGGCGCGCGGCGUGGGCCAGAACCGCGCAGAGCCCGGGAAGAUGUCGUUUGAAGAGCUGCUGCGGCUCAUCUCCGAGGGGGGCCACAAUCUGAAGCACCAGGGCCCCCCCCCGGCAGGUGGGGCAGCGAAAGGUGCGGCGGGCAAGAAAGCGGGGGGGCCAACCGGGCUAGGGGCCCUUGGCGCUGCGGGGGGUCUGGGAGUCGGGUUGGGACCGAGGCUGCCCCCCGGGGGUGGCGCGGGCUCGUCUGCGCCGCCCACUCCGAAAGCCGGGAAAGAGUCAGUGAAAAAGCCGUCAGGAAGUGUGCCGGCGUCGCCAAACGCCAACGGGGGGGCAGCAGCUCCGCCGCAGGCUCCGCAGGGAUUGGGCGGGGGGCUGGACCUGCCCGGGAAGGGGAAGGGGAAAGCCAAGGCCAAGAAGAGUAAAGAUUAGAGAGGAUUGGGCGACCGGAAAGGCAAGACCCUAGCCUUUCUACGUGAGUGUUUCCAUCGAGUUUACCGACAGCCUAGUGUAGAAAGUAGGAGAAGCCUAGGCCGUGACGCUAGCAAAGUCACUGUUGUGACGAGUUGAGAAUUCUGACUGACAUUGGAAUGCGUGCCUGGUCGAGCUCAGCUGGACGCAGCGCUUACGUUUUGCAACCAAUCUACCUUUCGGC